UAUGAAUUUUAAUAUUGUUUAAUUUAAGGUAUGAAUAAUGUUGAAAAUACUGCUCGUGUUAAGCCUGUCGCACACUGCGGCGGUACUAGUAGGCGAUCAGCCUUACUGCGCGCUCCGCUACAGACGACUGUGCCAAGGGAAGGGCCGACACGUGGCUUGUCAGUUUCCUUUCCCCGGACCCGGGAUGUCCUGUCGAAAUUACACUCAAAUCAAAUUCACCAGUGACCUGAAGCACUUCAUAGUACAUUACAUAAACAAGCGUCGGCAAAGGAUUGCGUCUGGAAAUGAGAAAGUGCGGGGAGGAGUUCCAGUGCCGCUUCCAGAGAUUAUGAUGUUAGUUAGUUGGGAUCGCGAGUUGGCUAAACUAGCUGAAAGGCUCGCAGAUCAGUGCUCCUUUGUCCACGAUGAUUGCCGAGCUACAGUGCGUUACCCAUACGCGGGUCAGAGUGUUGGCGAGGUGCGUUGGCGCGGCGCUGGCAUCGACGGCGAAGGCGAUGCUGUGUCGUUGGGUGUCCAACGCGCUCUGCGUAGGGUGCUGGACGCCUGGUGGGGAGAGCGGCGGCGCGUGUACGCGAGGCAACUCGUGGCGCCCUUCAGACUUACUGCUAAAGACAUGGUCUGGGGCCAUUUUAGCCAGCUGGCUGUAUGGUCGCUCCGAGCAGUAGGUUGCGGAGCCGUGCGUCAUGGCUUUGAGCAUACGAGGAUGUUGCUUGUAUGUGACUUCUCCCAUACAAACAUGCUGGGUCAAAGGACCGUUACGCCGGGUCCUUUAGCGCCGUGUCCCAUACACACAGUUAGGCGACCGAGGAGUGCUUAUCCCUUGCUCUGUGCCCCAGUUCAAAAGCCAAUUCUACUAGAAAAAGACUACAAGGAAAGUAUCUAUGGCUACGAUGAAGACGGCGGAGAAGAUGAGGAAGUUGAAGAAAGAACUACAAAACUCACUCGAUUGAUAACACGCAAGAAUGAAAAAAUCGGGCAGAAAUUGUUCAGAUUACAUUACACUUUGACCAGAGAUGGUAGAGCUCGUGGGAGAAUAGAAUGGGAGCAGGGAAGCACUGCUCUUGGAUUGCCGUUCAGCAAAAGGACUACAGUGCGGAAGUAUCACCAAUGGGAGACGAUAAGAGCGUUAGAGAAAUCAAGAGAAGUUUCUGGAAGCGAGGACUAUGCGACAUUUUUGAAAGCCAAAAACAAGCUCGCUUUUUAUACUGAUGAGGAUACGAAGCCGGAUGAUGGAGGGAAGCACACAACUAGAUCUCACGUCUACCAUCAACGUCUGAAUUCCAGACACCGAUGGAAAGAGAUCCGUAUGAGACCACAAAGGCCUGGAGUAAAUGCACUCUUGAAGAAACCGCCUACAUCUGAGCAACUUCUUGGAAGAUCACCCGUGAUUUCAUUAAUACUGGAUGCAGACGACUCUGACCAGCUGUUUCGGGACACUGGGUUCAAUGCCAAGUGGAGGGAACAGUCAAAGCGUUAA